AUGUCUCUUAUCAUUCGUCGUUUCAUCAGCUACAUUGGCAAAGUCAAAUUAAGCAAUUUCAAAAACUCGACGCAUAGGACUCUUGUUACUGCCACGAACAGGAGGCACGAGAUCCUCGCAUCAAGCAAGCCUCUAUCCAAGGAACGGAACUUCACAAAUCGCACGAUGAUCCAGCGGGCCCGUUGCAUGUUAUCUCUAUCAAGUUUUCCGAUGAAAACGGAAAGAGGGUAG